ACUCACUCUCUUCAUUCUCAAUUUUUCCCACCAAGCUCCUUGCAUGACUAACUAAAAAUCACAGCCCUUCACUUUCACCCUUCGACAUGGCUUCUAUUUACUACCAUGCCACUCUCCUGCUCUUCUGUUUUAUCAACCUCUCGUUCUCCGAGUUAGUUCAACAGCAACCUCUCGUGUUAAAGUACCACAACGGCCCGCUCUUAAAGGGCAAAAUCACCGUUAAUGUCAUUUGGUACGGAAAGUUUACUCCCAUCCAACGGUCCAUAAUCCUUGAUUUCAUCAACUCCUUGAAUUCCGACAAGUCCACACUUCCUUCUACAUCAUCUUGGUGGAAAACUACUGAGAAAUACCAGCGAGGUUCAUCCACCUUGGUUGUAGGCAAACAAAUCCUUCUCGAAAACUAUCCCCUCGGUAAAUUCCUUAAAAACCCGCAUUUACCAGCCUUGGCCAGCAAAUUUAAUGGCGUCAACAGCAUCAACAUCAUCCUCACGGCCAAAGACGUCGCCGUCGAAGGCUUUUGCAUGAGGUGCGGGACUCACGGGUCAACCCGUGUUGGCCGAGGCCCGAUUCGUGGAACCUAUAUCUGGGUUGGAAACUCUGAGGCUCAGUGCCCUGGUCAAUGCGCCUGGCCGUUUCACCAGCCUAUUUACGGUCCCCAAACCCCACCUUUAGUUGCUCCCAACGGAGACGUUGGUGUUGACGGAAUGAUCAUUAACUUGGCCACCCUUUUGGCUAACACUGUCACUAAUCCGUUCAAUAAUGGGUAUUUCCAGGGGCCAGCUAAAGCGCCAUUAGAGGCGGUUUCAGCCUGCACAGGGAUGUUCGGGUCGGGUUCGUACCCAGGUUAUCCGGGUAAUCUCCUGGUGGAGAAGAGCACUGGGGCGAGCUACAACGCGAACGGAGUUAACGGGAGGAAAUUCUUGUUGCCGGCGAUGUGGGAUCCACAGACAUCGGCAUGCAAGACGCCGGUGUGAUUGAACACGUGGAGGAAAUCAGUGGGAAGGGAAGAUGAUGGUAGAUGAGGCACUGACAUGAAGAUAUUUGGGAAUGGGGAGGUGUGGGCGUGAGUUUUGUUUCGUUUUUCUUGACGUGCAAAUUCUAGUUUGGUACAAUAUGGUGGGGGGAAUGGAAAUGUAAAUGUGAGAUAAUAAUGAUAAUAAUAAGUAUUAAAGUAUAGAAAUAUAUUAAAAUGAAAAGUUAGUUUUACAUUUUAGGUUUUUGAUUUUUUUUUUAAUUGUUGAGGAUAAGCUUAAAGUUAAAGCGGACAGGAUCGGGGGUAUUUGUGUGUUUAUGGCUGAGAAAGAUGCUGGGGCCUGGGAGACCAUGAUGGCUAAUUCUGUAAUUCAGAAGGAAAAAGGCAUGUCCGAUAAGUUUCCAUUUCACAAUUUUACCCAAAAGUUAAAAUAAAAAAAACAAAAAAAACAAAAACUUAAAAAGACUUUUGGGACAUGUUUCAUGUUUGAUUUGAUUAAAUUAAUGAAUGAGAUAUAAGGGAUUGAAGGUGGGGCAUAAUCUGAUUCUUCGCGUGAGAAAAUUCGAGAGGGAUUCGAUGCGACUAAAUUCAGUUAUGGAAAGAAGGGAAGGGAAAACCCAAAACUCCGAAGCCUUAAUAGGAAAAAUCCCCAGCUCACGGACGGGAGCGGUGUUGCACUGUGUGUGUUCGAGGAAAAAGUGUAGCUUUCAAUUAUGGAAAAUAAAUGGGAGUUGACGAAAGAUUUGAGUAGAACUUUGAUAUUUUGGACGCUCUUCAGGGGAGGGCGGAGCGGCUUUUGAAUUGUGGCAAUGACAUGUUUUGGUGUCAGUAGAUAAAAAAAAUUGGUACUAAUUAGAAGAAACCAACCCCCCAGUUUUAAUUUUCACUUUUGGCAUUUACAGGUUUCAAGGUCAGAGGUAGAGAGAGCAAUUAAACAGUUCAUGCACUAUAUAUCCAUUACAUGUGGAAAGUGCUCUCAGUUCUAUUUUUUUUAUUCUCUCCCAAACAACAUCACGUUUUUCUUUAUGUGCAGAAUCAUUUUUUUCUUUCUCCCUUUUAUUUUGAAAAAAAUAUUCUAUCUCAAUUGUAUUAGCAAUACCACUGAGCUAAAUGUUUUAUCUGCCAA